AUUUCCGAGCAAACGUUUUUACAGCUUCAUUGUGUUGGCAGGGUCAAGACGUUAAAUCUGCGAGAAAUAUUUCUCUAUAUAAGCAUUGAUAAGCAAUAACUGGAAUAGGCCGGGUUGGGUACUGCUCUGGUCUCCGAUGUUUUAUUGGCAGGAUGGUUUGUCAGGAGUUCGGACUUUUUCCUGUUGGAAAGGGCACCGACAACUUAGCAUAAUGUUGCAACCCCCAGCCGGCGGUCGUCCCAGUGUUCCCGGCUCCUACCGACACGUUGCUUUUACAUCCUGUCGCGCCAAUGAUUUCGCUGUAUUAUGUCAUGCAUUCCACUGGUCCAGCAAAGUAAUUCCUCGUAAAAGUCCUGAUUGGCAUGUCAUGUUGCCCAAAGAGCUUGCAAAGCAAGUACCAAAAACUCACCUAAUGUCUGAGGAUGAAUGGCGCAAGCUAGGUGUCCAGCAGUCUCUGGGCUGGGUUCACUACAUGAUGCAUGAACCAGAACCACACAUUCUGCUAUUCCGAAGACCCCUUUCUAAAGACCAAGAAAAAUAAAUCUUUCUGGACACUUUGUUUUGUAAAUAUUGUAGUAUUCAGUGAAUACAUUUAAUUGUACAAAUUUGUUCAAACCUGUAUGAGCUGUAUUCUAAACAGCAGUAGAGCUCAUUGUGGUACAGUGGGUUUAGACUGCUAAGAUGUGUAUUUAAAAGAGAUACUAGCAGUUGAAAUGAUCUUGGUUCCACUCAAGAAAUUUACAGUAUGCUGUUUACUUUUUCUUCUUUUGAUGGAUGCCAUUUGUGAAUAAAUUUAUAAUUGCACCU